AUGAAAGGACCUUGGUCUCCUGCAGAAGACGCAAAACUCCUCCAUCUCGUCUCCGAACUCGGAACAGAAAAAUGGGUCACAAUCGCCCAACGCAUGCAAACCCGCACAGGCAAACAAUGCCGCGAACGCUACCACAACCACAUCAAUCCCUCCCUCACGAAAGCACCAUUUACACGAGAAGAGGAAGAUAAGAUUCGAGAGAUGUUUGAGGCUUGGGGACCGAAGUGGGCGGAGAUGGCGAAGAGGUUGCCGGGGAGGAGUGAUAAUGCGGUCAAGAAUCAUUGGAAUACGACGAUGCAGAGGAAGUUGAGGAGGGAGAGG